CAGAGACGGACGUUGUGCGGGUGUAAAUUCCGUAAAUUCGCGGCGAAAAAAGCGAUGCAACUUUUUAAACAAUAAAUUAAAAUAAAUUGUGCGGUUGCAGUGAUAUUUGUGCAAAAAGGCGUGCCAAGAUUAUUUCUGCUUGCCGUACUGACGUAAACAAUAAAUAGAUAAAGGCAGUAACGAUCACGUAAACGGCAUACAAUAGCUUUAGCUAACACACACACACACACACACCCAUACACACUCAGAAGACAGAGAGAGCGCGCGAGCGAGAGAGAGAACCAAGACAAUGGCCUGGCGCUUCAAGGCUUCCAAAUACAAAAAUGCCGCGCCCAUUGUACCAAAAGCGGAGGCUUGCGUGCGCGAAAUCUGCGUCGGCAGCUAUCAGACGUAUGGCAACAAUAUCGCCGCCUCGGCGGCCUUUAUGGCCUUCAACUGGGAGCAUACGGGCGCAAGUGUGGCCGUUUUGCCGCUGGACGAUUGCGGACGCAAGAGCAAGACUAUGCCGCUGCUGCAUGGACACACAGACACAGUGACGGAUCUGAAGUUCUCGCCAUUUCACGAUGGGCUCUUGGCCACCGCCUCGCAGGAUUGUCUGCUAAAAAUCUGGCACAUACCCGAGAAGGGCCUGGAGCAGUCGCUCUCCGAUCCGGAGGCUGUUUUCUCACACAAGCAGCGACGUGUGGAGACAAUUGGCUUUCAUCCCACAGCCGAUGGACUCAUGUACUCCACUGCAGCGGGCUGUGUGACACUCUUUGACAUUGCCACACAAAAGGAAAUAUUCUCCAACAAUGAGCAUCCGGAGGUCAUACAGUCGGCCAGCUGGCGUGAGGACGGCACUGUGCUCGCCACCAGCUGCAAGGAUAAGUGUGUGCGCAUCUUUGAUCCCCGCGCCGCCGGCUCGCCCAUACAAAUGGUCGCUGAAUCGCAUCAGAGCAUUAAGGAUUCGCGCGUUGUUUGGCUGGGCAAUCAGCCACGCCUGCUGACCACAGGAUUCGAUGCGGCACGUUUGCGUCAGGUGAUCAUACGCGAUAUACGCAACUUGAAUGUGCCCGAGAAGACGCUCGAGCUGGACUGCUCGACGGGCAUACUAAUGCCGCUUUUCGAUCCCGACACAAACAUGUUGUUCCUGGCGGGCAAAGGCGAUACAACCAUUAAUUAUCUGGAAAUCACCGAUAAGGAUCCCUAUCUCAUUGAGGGACUGCGCCACACUGGCGAACAAACCAAGGGCGCUUGCCUGGUGCCCAAGCGUGCCCUCAAAGUCAUGGAGGCCGAAGUGAAUCGUGUGCUCCAGCUCACCUCCAACAUGGUCAUACCCAUUAUGUACCAGGUGCCACGUAAGACUUAUCGCGACUUCCAUGCUGACCUCUAUCCUGAGACCACGGGCUACAAGACUGAACUGAUUGCCAGCGAGUGGCUCAAUGGCACCAAUCAGAGCGUGCCCAAGAUGAACUUGGAUCCAGCGAAGCGGGAGCAUGGCGGGGAUCCCAUUAUUAUACAUCGUGGCAAUCUAAGCGAUUUCGCCAAAAACAUAGAGAACUUGAAGGCGAGCAAGAGCAAGAGCUUGAAUCCAAGCCAGAAUCAAUAUCAAAAGCCCGCUGCUCCCUCGGCCAAACGCCAAAACGAUAAUGAGCACUUUGUAAUGCUGCGCAAGUGCAACAAUGGCGAGGAGAAGAACGGCAACAAUGACAACCACGAGAAGCAGCGCCAGACUCAGACGCAGACCCAGACCCAGACCAAGGAUGAGUGCAGCCUCAGCCAAUUCGAGCUCAUACGCAAAUUCGAGUCGAAAUAUAAAACAGAUUCGGAGAAAGAUGCUGUCAAUAUGCAGAGUACGCAUUGCGAUGACAAGGAAUCACCCACUGAGCACUCCACGGGCAGCAGCGAGGAGGCAUCCUCAUCUGUGGCACUGGACACCAAUUCGGCCAGCGGCACCCACUCGCCGCCCAAGCCCAUGCCACGCACCUCGCGCAACAAUUCGCUGCAAGAGACUGGAGCAACAACACCACAGUCUGGCUCCGGUUCGGUGAGUGGCGGUGAUUCUGCUGGCGAAUCCAAUACGCCACGUCCGCGACCACGCACUACUGCUGCGGCUGCUUACAAGCCACGCCUUGGGCCGAAGCCGUUCUCCAGCAACAGCGGCGAUGUGUCCUUCGAUAAAGUCUUUGCAGUGCCCGUCGCACCUGGCUCACAUGAGAAUCUAUCCAAUGUUGGUCAAGAUAAUGGCAGCGAAUUGCCCAUGCAGGCCGCCAAGCCAGAUUUGCUGGUGGAAAUCGAAAUUAAAAAACAACCUGAACCUGCUGUUGUGGCGGGCAAUGGAAAUGCCAAUGGAGUUCAAAAAUCUUUGACAACAUCGGAGCGCCGCAAGUCAUCAGCUGAUGAUGAUGAAUCGUCCGAUAAGAUAUUUGAGCAGAACUCGGAGUCAUCGGAGAACUCCACGGAGGGCGAGGAUCGCACCGAUUCGGAUCUGCGUCAUUUGACAGCAGUGCGCAGCAGCAUUGCCGAGCGUCGUCGUCUCUAUGAGAAUCGCUCCAAGAGCCAGGUGGAUGAGAAGGCCCAAUCGCCAGUGCCAUUACGCCGCGAGAGCUCCAAGGUGGAACCACACAAGUCUAGCCAUCAGUCGGUGGGCAGCAAUAUGCUAAAUGCCCAAGCAGGCAGUCUGGAUAGCAAGCGCAUUUCGGUGCCGGAGGGCAAGCUAAUGGAUGAGCAUCGACGCGGCAAUGGCAAUGCCAGUGGCAUCAAGAAAUCUGCCACAGAGGCUGCAUUCAGCGCUGCCUCCACCAAGCGCACUUCCACUGUUUUCGGCAAGGUGUCCAAGUUUCGUCACCUGAAGGGCACGCCCGGCCACAAGUCCACACACAUUGAGAACUUGCGCAAUUUGAGCCGCCAGAUACCUGGCGAGUGCAAUGGCUUCCAUGCCAAUCACGAGCGUGUUGCGGUGCCGCUCUCUGGACCCGGCGGCAAGAUAGCCAUAUUUGAGCUAAGCCGACCAGGUCGCCUGCCCGAUGGCGUCAUUCCAUCGCUGGUGAAUGGCAGCAAUAUUAUGGACUUUCAAUGGGAUCCCUUCGAUGCACAUCGUCUGGCUGUCGCCUGCGACGAUGGCAUUGUCAAGCUCUGGCGCAUCGAUGAGGGCGGCCUAAGCGAGCCCACCAACUCACCGCAAGCGGAGCUCACUGCUCAUCUGGAUAAAAUCUAUUUCAUACGCUUUCAUCCGCUGGCCGCAGAUGUGCUGCUCACCGCUAGCUAUGACAUGACCAUCAAGUUGUGGGAUUUGCGCACCAUGUCAGAGAAGUGUGCCCUCAGCGGUCAUACAGAUCAGAUAUUCGACUUUGCCUGGAGUCCCUGCGGCAAAUUGGGCGCCAGUGUCUGCAAGGAUGGCAAGAUACGCGUCUAUAAUCCACGCAAAUCCGAGACACCCAUACGCGAGGGCAACGGCCCCGUCGGCACACGUGGCGCACGCAUCACCUGGGCAGUGGAGGGUCAAUAUAUUGUCUGCACCGGCUUUGACAAAGUCUCGGAGCGUCAGAUUAGCGUGUAUAAUGCACAAAAAUUGAAUGCACCGCUCAACACGGCCAGCCUGGAUGUCUCGCCAUCGAUAUUGAUACCCUACUAUGAUGAGGACAGCUCCACGCUGUUUGUCACCGGCAAAGGCGACUCGACAAUCUAUUGCUAUGAGAUAACCGAUGAGGAGCCGUACAUAUGCCCGCUCUCCCAUCAUCGUUGCUCAUCGCUGCACCAAGGCCUCAGCUUUAUAACCAAGAACCAUUGCGAUGUGGCCAGCGUGGAGUUCUCCAAGGCGUACAGGCUAACAAACACCACAAUUGAGCCGCUAAGCUUCACUGUGCCGCGCAUUAAGAGUGAACUAUUCCAGGAUGAUCUAUUUCCACCCACACGCGUCACAUGGAGCCCCACGCUGUCGGCAGAGGAUUGGUUUGGCUGCAAUGACAAAGCAGCUGCCAAGAUUAGUCUCAAGCCAGAGGGCAUGGAUACGCUGUCCUCGAUACAACAAGUGCCAGCGCCAGCUAAGAAAUCAGAGCCCACACCCACGCCCACACAGCAGUUUGUUACUAAGUCUGACUAUGAAAGCAACAAGCAGCAGGAGAUACAAAAAUCAGUUAGCGCGCGCAUGGAGUACAACACCAAGUUGGAGCAGGAUGAAAUGGAAGGUGUGGAUGAGAACGAAUGGCAGGAGUAGCGCUCGUGCAUAUAAAAAGGACAACAGGACGACAUAUAUUCUUAAAAUAUACACUCAUAGUUAAGUUCAGCUCGUAUCAAUGCAAAUGCAACUAACUCUUAUGCAUUGCCAUUAUAUAUUCACACACACACACACACACACACACACACAAACAAACACAUACUAACAGAGACUUAUAACGAUUGUUAGCUAGGCAAGAGUAAAGAUUGUAGGCCAGGCCUUGUGUACAGCAUUUUGUGCACAGCAAACACACAACACACACACACACACACACACACAGUUAGUUGGAAAGAGAGGGCAAGAACUAGUUAGAAAGAGAGAGAGAGAGAGCGAAAGCGCGUUUUGGUUGUGCCAAGAAACAUGCAGAGUUCCCUUAACUGUAUUCACUGCAUUUUAAUCGCUUCAUUAUUUGCCAAAUUAUUAAUUUUUGUCGUUUUCGUUUCUUUUUUUUUACAUACAUA